AUGGCCGAAUUUGCCGACUACUUCGCUUCCCUCUCCCCGACCGAGAAAGAAGCUGCACUCGACGGUCCUGCCCUCGAGCCACCCGACAAUGUUGUGUCAAACUUCGACUCCCCUCCGAACAGAAACCAGCUGUGUUUCACUGUCGUCACCAUCGGUCUGAUCAUAUCCACUGUUUUUAUCCUGAUCCGAGCAUACGCGAGGGUGUUCUGCAUCAAGAAAGUGCAUAUUGGAGAUGGACUCAUAUUUGCAGCAUUGUCUGUCUACCUGGGCUCCAACUUCGCCGGGUCCUCCCUCAUGUGCAUUCGAUCGGCAAUCCUCCUGGACUGGAUUCGAAUAUUCGUCCCCUUGAAAACACGCAACGCGUUCUUUUGGACAAGCCACGUUCUCCUCUGGGUGAUUAUUCUAUUCUAUGGGUCGGAGAAGGUCGCCGAGAAUCUCGCCUGCAUUCCUCGCCAGAGCAUAUGGGAUCCAACAGUUCGAGGACGCUGCAUGGACAAGAAACUCAUAAUCCUUGCUACUUCAUGCCUGGAUCUUGUGGCGGACAUGAUCAUUCUCGCCCUUCCUCAAAUGGUCAUCUGGAAACUCCACUUAUCGAAGUCCAAAAAGCUCGGCAUCUCCCUCAUCUUUGCGAUAGGCAUUCUUAACUGUGUGGUUGCCAUCAUCCGCAUCGUAACCAGCGUCCGGUAUCUGUCCGCCGAAGACUCCACUUACGACGUCGGAACCGUGAUCCUCGCAGGCCAUGCGGAAAUGGUACUGCUUUUCGUGGUCGCCUGCGUGCCGGCGGUCCCAAACGCUCUCAGUGGCCUGGGUUGUCUGCACACUAUCGGCUCAUCGCUCAAGUCAUGGACGAAGCAAUCCCAUAGAAGCCGGCAGACAACCCACAGUGGAACAGGAACAACAUCGGUUGCUAAGAAUGGCGACAAGAAUAUGAAGCCAAGUGCCUAUGAGCAACUCGAUGGAUACAGCCCAGACCCGGUCAUUGGAAUAUGGGGUGUCCAAGGUGUCACCUCCCACGAGUUCGGACAUCGAUAUCUCGGUCCUCGGACGUAG